AUGACGCGACGCGAUGACGUCAUCGGUGAUUCUGAAUCUUCGCAACGUCGUCGCACAUCAGAUGGAAUCCACCGAACCGCCAAUCUUGCUGGGAGCAGCUUGCAAUGGCAUUUGAGGGCCCAUAUGGCCGAUGAAGAACAUUCACGGUCUGCGUCCUCGUAUGAUGGCGAUGAUGACUUCGUUGAAGCUGACGAUAAUGGAGAAGACUUUGAAGGUACGUUAGAUGAAGAAGAGAUGCUCGGUGGCGUCGACUAUGCCAGUGAACUUAGAGAAUUGGAGGACGAAGGCAAUAUGGAUAUUGAAGAAUUGCGAAGGCGUUAUGGGUAUGCGACUGAAGGUAGUGCAGAGGCUGAGUGCGACAGCGGUUCUGAUGCAGAAGGAAAUGCGGGCGAAAGUGAAUCACAAGAUGCGGAAGCAAGUGAAAGCGCUGAAUUUCUGCAUUUGCCUUACGAUGAGCUAGACGAAGGCGAGGAAUCGGAUGACAAAGACUAUGCUCCGCCAGACCCUUGGAAGAAAGACGUGCGUGUAGAUGCAGGGCGCUAUCAAGCUGCUGUUCCCGAGUCAAUGAACGAUGAAACGUCACUGGCUUCGAGUGACAAUGACAAUGAUUUACCGAAUUUGCCUGUGGCAGCUCCUCGUGGAGCAUUAUGGAUGCCACCCAACAACAUCUCAGAUGCAGAAAUAGAUCGAUUUCUAGUGGAUAUAGUGAAUCUACGAGCUGCACAUGGUCAAAUCUUCUCUGAGCGUUAUUCCACGACGAGAGACGACGAAGAUGCACUGUGCGCGCUAUAUAGGAAUCAUUACGAUAUAGAGAAAGCAAAGGCAUCGUUUCCCUUUGCAAGGAUCAAUCAACCAUUUCGUACAGUUCGUGAAGGUGCGUUGGAGUGGGAUCUUGCCGAACGUGACCUUUUCGAAAGAGGUAUAGCGACGCAUGGGAAAAACUUCUUCGUUAUACAGAGAAGAUAUUUGCCAUAUAGACGUGUAGGAGAGCUCGUUGAAUAUUAUUACUUCUGGAAGAAAACGGAGAGGUACGAAAUAUUACGACGACGUGGAUUUCCUGACGGCGAUGUCAGCCUACCAACAGAAGCACAAGCCAUGCCGGCGGUGUACCUCCAACCUUACGACAGCACCCUUCCCGAAGUUUCCGGUUAUCGGACUGAAAAUGAGGGGAUGCUUCCCGACAUGGGAAAUGGUAGUUCGCAAGUUGAAACACUCAGCCAAGCGAAUCUUACCGCGACUGCCUCUUCACAACCGUCAGUCGCGGCUGGUGAUGCAGCUGCGACCCCCUCAGACGCCAAUGCCACCGGACCCGAUGCGAAAGCGACGGAACAUGGCGACAUUUGGUGGAAUGAUGACGUGCCUGUGGCACAAAGGGUAAUCAGCACAACUCCAGGAUGUAUUCAUUAA